AUGGCCUCAGCUAUUGUUGUUGGAGAGGGUAAACUGGCGGCGUUUGUGACAAAACUUUUAUGCUCAAGCGGCACACCUGUUGCCCUGUACGGAAGCAGUAAACCCAUGCGGCAGUCAAUUGAAACGAUGCUCCAGCAGCACGUCGAAGAGAAAUUCCCGUUACAGUUCAUUGACGAUCUCAGGCACCAACAAGACAUGUUAGCUCGUCUCAUGGAAAAUCUCAGAAUGACCGACGACGUUUCGCGACUUCAUGGCGAAAUCAUCAUUGAUGCUACUCGAACUUCAAAUUCGGCUCUUCUACGAGCUGUACGACGUUUCUUCCCCGAUGCACCUGUGAUGAGUCUCGACGGUACUACCAACGAUGAGAAGACGAUAGGUGUUCAUCUCUAUGAACCAUUUGAACUCACUCGAAUUGCACAGGUUGGAAACUUUUUAGAAAAUUCGUGA